UCUUAUUUAAGAAUUACUGCAUAAACCUAUUGUGAGGUGGUAUUCAGUCGAAUGCUUUCAGAGUUUUGGCAUAUGCGGUGACUUUCCAACGGAUGCGUACCAUCUUUUCGUGCUCCACAUAGGAGAAUGCAAUUUUUUUCAUGAUAGAUAAUCCCUCGCCUCCUUGGAUGCACCAAGGGCAUGGAAUUGAAUGUUCAAGGUUCAUGGUUUGGGUAAGGACGUCGAGAGGCAUUUUUAAAAACCCAGUAUGACGUCCAAUGUCCAAGUCGAGCGUUCAUGUAAUGUAAGAUAGGCCUAACCUUCUUGAAGAGAUUACUUUCCUGGGAACACAUCCUCCUGCUGUCGAGUUACAACUUAAUUUCUGCCUUCAUUGUUCUAUCCAUGAAGACAUCUAACCUCUUAAAGCUGGUCACAGAAGGGCAGCCACUACAACAUUUACCAACGCAUUCCAUGCAUUCAUUACCCUACAAGACUGGAUAGGGUAGAAGCUUCAGCAGACUGCAUCUUCACCACAGGAGUGAAUACUAGGGAUCAGAUCAUGUCAGUAAGGAGAGCCACUCAUGCAGGCAGUUGGUAUUCAGAUUCUCGUAGCGAGCUGAAUCAGCAGUUGAGCCGGUGGCUUUCUGAAGUGAAUGUGGACCAUGGCCCAGCAAGAGCUAUCAUAUCCCCCCAUGCUGGCUACCAGUACUGUGGCUCCUGUGCUGCAUUUGCAUACAGACAGGUAGAUCCUGGGAGAGUUAGGCGGGUGUUCAUCCUCGGACCGUCUCAUCAUGUGCGACUGCCUGGAUGUGCCUUGUCCACUUACGAGAAGUAUGCUACUCCCUUCUAUGAUUUAGUCAUUGACCAACAUGUCUAUCAAGAGCUUAAAAGAUCAGGGAAGUUUGAGCAGAUGAGCGCUUCAACUGAUGAAGAUGAGCACAGCAUUGAGAUGCAGCUUCCCAUGAUUGCCAAGAUGAUGGAGAGAUAUGCCACUCAGUUCACUGUGGUGCCUAUUCUUGUGGGUUCCCUGGUACCUGAGAAGGAGGCCAUGUAUGGCUCAGUCCUUGCACCCUAUCUUGAUGAUCCGUCCAACUUGUUUGUCAUCUCCUCAGAUUUCUGCCACUGGGGACAGCGCUUCCGUUACACAUACUUUGACCGCUCAUGUGGAGAGAUCCAUCGGAGUAUCUCUAAGCUCGAUCGAACUGGGAUGGAUCUCAUUGAGCAGUUGUCCCCCAAGGGCUUCACUGAGUAUCUAAAAAAGUAUGGGAACACAAUCUGCGGGCGGCAUCCUAUUGGGGUGCUCCUCAAUGCUGUUGAAUCACUCCGAAAGACAGGUAAUGGCCACAACAUGAGCCUCAAGUUUUUGAAGUACUCUCAAUCCAGUCAGUGCUACUCAAUGUCAGAUUCAUCUGUGAGUUAUGCUGCAGCUUCAUUUGUUGUUCACUAAGAUUGUAUUCACAGGGGGAGCCUUGUGUUGCUGUUCUGUAACUAUUGGUUUUCCCAGAAUGUCUCCAAGUAAAGGAAUCUCUCAUACUCAACUCACUAACCAGUGUGCAGCUCAAAGUGGAAUAUCCCUCCACAUCUAAGAAUAUUCAUACAGGAUUUUCAAUAACAUGCUGCCCAUGCAUCAGAAAUCAACAGAGAACUCUCUUUCCAUGAGAUUGCAUACCAUUCUAUGCACUGUGUCUUGAAAGAUCAUUUUUAAACUGCACCAGGUAUUCUUUCAAAUUAAUUCAUGAGUGAAUUUAAUCUUUCCCUUCAGUUCCUACCUUUAUGCAAAUAUCCUCAUGAUGGAAUGGAGAUUUUUCAAAUAAUUCAUACCUUUGCAAAUUUACAGACAUUCAGUCUUCAUUACUCUCAGUACCUGGUGAGCCUGAAUCUUUUCUUUGCCAAUUACAAGAUGUUGCCUUUCAUAUGAUUCUUGCGAGAAGUAAUGAUGAGGCUGACUGAAACCCUACUUUCACACAGAAGUUUCUGGUCACUAUUUAAUGGGCCCUGGGAAUAAACCACAUCUUGUAAUCCUAUCCAGUCUUUAUAUGUUUGUAAGAAUGGGGAAAUGAUGAGUUCAUGACCUUUUCUUCCUGGAUCAUGCUUCAAUCACUUCCCAGGCUUACAAGUUUCUGUAACAUUUUUUCAUCCCUCUACUAUUGAGAUUUGAAAUGCAUCUCUGCUUUCUUUCCAGCUUCUAUUAUUUGCUUUAUCUAAUACCAUUUUAAGACCCA